CGUCGUUCAUUAGGAUAAGUCUCUCACGUUCAAGCUUAAAAUCGGUGCCAGUGUUUAUUUGUCUUUUCUAUUUUGAACAAUCGAACGAAAAUGAAAGUGCUACGAGAACUUUUAGUGUUCUCACUCGGUUUGGCAGUUGUGGUGGCCAUCGAGACGACGACUACCCCCGAAUCAUCCCCGAAGGAUGAAGUGGAAUCGCGUGGCAGGAAGAGAUUCUACCGAUUUCUUCUCAGGACUUUGACACCGUUGAUAACACAAGUGGGAACGCUCCUGUUCAUCAAAGCGAAAAUCGUGGCCCUGGGAAUUUUUUUAGUUGGAAUCUACUUCUUUGGGCACAAAAUUUGGCCCGGUGGCUUCUGUGGGCACUCAGGCGUAUUUGAUUCGAUUCCGCCGUUUGCCAGUGAUGAUUAUACGCCUUAUCACGCCUCGGGUCCCGAAUAUAUCUCCAGCUACCCGGGGCCACCGGAACAUUGGUCAGCGUCGUAUCCCGGUGCAAGCUCUUCUUCGUACUCUACUGGACCCGGAGCGCCCUCGAUUGCUGCCUCGGCGUCCGCGAUGGCAGCUGCUGGUUCUAAAAGACGAGGACGCCGGGAUGUCGGCCGCCAGGAGGAUCAGGAGUUGCUGGAAAAUGAAAUGUACUGGACCGAUCAGCUGACGGAGCUGGGCUUCCGCUUCCUGGGGGUGGACACCCGUGCCUGCCGGAAGCGCUUUGUGUGCGAGUUUGACUUCCACUCGCGCCAGAAUCCGAUUCUGCUGUUCGUGACACGUGCCAUGGGUCGCGACAUCUUCCACAACUACCGAGAUGCAUCGGAUGAGAAGGCCCGAUCGUACCGGGACUGUGGUCGAAUCUAUGCCGAGUGUGCCGUUCCGAAGCGUCCAACGAGGCCGGUUUCUCACCGAAGGAAGGGACUUCCGACGACGACCACAACAGAAGAACCGGAAGAACAAGUGGACCAGGAACAGGAGGAAGCUGAGCACGAUCAAGAGAACGAAAUUGAUCGUAGCUUUGGCCAGCAGACCGAAUGGCGCCCAAUAGCUUCGGAUCCGGUCAACAGACUGAUUCUGAGGCGUUACGAACCGAAAGACGGCAGCACGAAUCAAAAGCACUGAACCGUGGGAAGUGCGUGUUUGAGCUUGAAUGCCCAGACGAUGAAUGAGUUAUUUGAUGAAUGAAUGUGAUCCAAUUAUUUAUUGUUAGUUUUUAAGGUCCAAAUGUCGUUCAAUUAUUGCAAUGAGCAACUUUCUCA